AUGUUAAGAACAGAGGCCCAAACUAAUGUGUCAUUUCCUAGAUUACACAGAUCGAGGUCGGCUCCGCUGGUCUUCGAGGAGCAUCCCUACUACGGAGGACUGAGGGGUCAGCUUCUCCAGCUGCGUCCGCAGCGGGACGGCAGUGUGGGCAGCUUCAUCCUGCAGCGCCAACAGCCGCAGGUGAGGGCUGUGCCCAGGGACUCCGAUGACACUGUCACUAUUACGGCGGCCAGCAUCUCGGCGGUGGCCGAUGGUAGUGGAGCCUCUAGCUCCAGCAGCUCGAUCUCAGCCAGCGCCAGUGACUUCAAUCGGAUUCAGUCGGCCGCCGCUCGGUUGGUUGCCAUUCAGGAGUUGGCCAAGCGCAAGGGCUCCUUCAGCGAGGAGGACAACAAGAUCUAUGCCAGCAGCCUGCUGGAACUGGGCCAGGCUGCCCAGAGUUUGGCCCUGCUCCAGCAAACCGGACAGAUUAAGGACUUCAGUGUGUUGCUGCAGCCUGAAAUGUUUGGCAUUCCUCAGAAGCAGCCAGCCAACUUUGGCCUGGAGGCCACCAACAAUCCGGCGGACCAGAAGAUCGACGAACAGAAACUGGACGAGGUCACCGAGCAACAGUUCUCGCCGGAUGAGCAGUUCCUGCCCCCCAACAACGAGGAUCCCUAUGAGGAUGUCAACGAUAGUGUCUCCGUUAUGGCUCCCAAGAAAGAUGCCGCCGUGGCUGAGGCAAAACCAGUGGGUCUCUCGAUUGCCGGUGAAGGUGGAGUGGCCUCUUCAAAGCCGAAUGCCGUUGCUCUUUCCGGCCGAAAUGGAUUGGCCAGUCCCAAUCUGGCAUCGGAGAAGGCCAGCGAUGACUAUGACUAUAAUGAUGUACCUUUGACUAUUGCCCGAUUCCCCCUGACCCGGGAAACUCCUCAGCAAAUGGUCCCGAUUCGCAUCUCUGGAGGGGAUUCCCUGGUGGAAAGGUGGCGCACCGCCAUCGCAGAGGAUUAUGCAGCCAGGCAGGCGCUGACCAAGGCGGCCAUGCCACAUCCCACACCCUUCAUCCGCAUGGCUCCCAAACGGCGUCUUCACUCCGAAUAG